AUGAUGUCAGAUUCAAAUAAAUUUGAUUCUUUAGAUUAAUCUUUGUAAUUGUUAUAAUAUUUAACUAAAUUGGUUGGAUAUUAUGAUAAAGAUGAAAGUAUUGCAUCAUUAUUAGAUGGUUAUGUAGAAUAUCAUAAAGUAACUUGUAAAAGAGAUGAUUGUCCUUGUUCACCAAAAAAUAUGAAUGAUAAGAGAAUUGAAAAAUUUAAAAAAGGAGUGAAAGAUCUAUAAAUGAAAAACUAAUAUGUGAUAUUGAUUUAUAUUGUUGAAAAGACAUAUGUUUUAAGUUUGACUCGUUAUCCUAAUUGUAUUGAAUUGAGAAUUUAACAUGCUUUAUUUUUAUUCGAAAAAAUGUAAUCUACCAUUUAAGCAUUGUAAGAAUUAGCAUUGGCAGAUUAAGAAAAACCUUAUUUAGAUUAAUAAUUCUUAGUAUUCAGAUUAAGGAAAAUAAUAGAAGAAUAAAUGUUUGACUCUGGGAAUCUGACAAAUGUAAAUGAAUUUACUGCUGAAAAUAAUUUAAGAGAAAUUAAAAUGUUAAUAGAAAAAUCUACUUAAUUGCAUUUAGAUUUUUGGAUUAAAUUAAGAGAAGAUACUCCAGAUCUUGGAAAAUUAUAUGAAGUAGGUUUAAGAAUGUUGUAUGUUGACAAAGUAUUAGAUGAUUAAUGGAAACGUAUAAUGAAAAUCAAUUUUGAUUUACCACCAACAUUAUUAAUGAUGUAUUCAAGAUAUUUGAUAGAUGUACUUAAUGAUAGAGAAGAAGCUGAAGAUGUUGUAGAAAGAUUAAAGAAUUUAUAGACUUUAGAAAUGGAUCGUGGAAAGAUUAUAAAUAAUUUAAAAGAUUUUGUUAAUGAAUCCACUGCUUUAAUUAGUAUUUCAGCAGAAGAUGGAAAUUUCAGUAGAAUUCUAGGUUUAAAUUAAUCUUGUGCAAAGAUGUUUGGUUAUACUAAAUCAGAAUUGCUUGAUAGAAAAAUUAAUGUUCUUAUGCCAAAUAUUUAUGCUCAAUAUCAUGAUUAAUUUUUAGAAAGCUAUACUUAUAGUUAAGAGAGUAGAGUAAUAAAUAAAGAAAGAUUAUUGAUAGGAAAACAUAAAUCUGGAUACAUUUUUCCAUUCUUUAUUUAUAUUAGAUAUAUCCCUUCAUUAAUAAAUGGCUCUCAAUUCUUUGCUGCAAUAAAACAAGAAAGAUAUUUUAAAAAUUAAGCUUAUAUGAUUGUUAAUUGUUUUGAUAUGUGUAUUGAAAACAUUAGUGCAUAAUUUAUUAGUCUAUUCCACAUUGAUCUAAAUUAUAUAUCGAAGAAAAAAACUUAAGUUUCUGAUCUAAUACCAUAAUUUGAAGAAUUCAAAUAAGAAUUUAUGAGUAAAUAAGGUUAUGAAACAACUAUUUAAUAUAAAAGUAGAGAUUAAUUUAUAUAGUAAUAAUUUUAAGUAUAUGUAAGUGAAAUUAUCAUAUGUGUGAAUAGAUUUAUUAAUAAUUAGAAUAAAGAAGGAAAUUUAGUUUAAACUAAUCUUACACUUAAUGUUCCAUAAUCUUAACAUCAUAAAAAGGAUGAAAGAUAAGCUCAAUUAUUUGGUUACAUUAUUAAAUUAGAGUAAAUAAGAAAUGAAAAAUCUAUAUUAUAAACUCCUUCUGAAUAUGGUUUGGCUUCAACAAGAAAAUAAUUGAAUUCUAAUUAGAAAUUUAUAUUUUAAUUUGAUUCAAAAGAAAUACCAGGAAUGAAAGAAAAAAUUGAACAAUAAAAAAAACAAUAUAGAAAAGAUAACAAUUUUAAACUUCCUGAUUAAUUUAUAUAUAAAUUUGUUGGAGAGUAUAUUUCUGAUUAAAAUUUUUAGAUGUCAGCUAUUUCAAUUUCAAAAUAAGAUGAAACUUAUGAAUUUUCUUAAAAAAAUGAUGAUGAUAAGACUCCAUCAUCAAAAGUAGAAGAUAAAAAUAAUGAUUUAUCUUUGGGAAUAAAAACAAUGAUUUUGAUAGGAGGAUAAUUAUUUGAUUCAGAAGAAUAUAAGAAUAUGGACAUUGAAGAAGAAGAAGAUGGAUAAUCAAAAAUAGUAGGUUAAAUGCCAUCAAAAUAAGAAGAAGAUUAAGAGUAAGAGAAUGGAAAUACAAAUGUUUAUAAAUCAAAAAAGACUUUUGUUCAAUUCUUAAAGGAGAGCAGAAGUGCUAAUUAAUCAAGUUUAACAUGUUUUAGAUGGAAUGCUGCACUUCUUAUCAUAUUUUUGGGUGUUUUAGGUCUUUUAAAUUAUAUAUUAUCAUAAUAAUUGUUCCUUGGAGUAUAUGAUGGAUAUAUGAAUGUUAUUAAUAGUAAUUAAAGAGUUGCUUUGGGUUAAAGAAUUUUAUGGUAAACAGUCGAAUUAUAAUUAUUGAAUCAAUUAAAUCCAUUUGUUGAUUAAACAAAAAGAAUAGCUGAAUAAAGAUAAGGUUUAAAUUAGAGUAUUUCAAAUUUUUAAGAAUUAUAAUUUAUUUUACAAUCAGCAAUUGUUGAAGGAUAAUAAAUUGAUUUAAUAAGAACAAAUUCUGUAAAGAUGACUGGUAGAGAUUAAAGUGGAACUCUAUCAACAUAAUUGGUGGAUUUAAAUUAAGCAACUGCUUAAAUAUUAUCUAAGGCAUUAGAAUUGCUAUAAGAAUAUAAUCCAGAAUCUUAAUUUUUUAUUAGUUAUAAUUUAUUAAAUAAUUAUUUUGAUGCUGUAGUAUAAAGUGCAAAUAUAUAUGGAUCUUAAUUAAAAGAAAAACUAAAUGAAUCAUCUAUUAUCAUUACUUUAUUUAUUGUUGCAUGUACUUUUGCUGUAGUAUCAGUACCAUUAAUUACAUGCAUGUUUAGUUUGGUUAGUUAGAAUUAAGAGAUUAUUAUGAAACUAUUUUUAUAGAUUUAAAUUAAUAAAGUAAAGAAAUUGGUAAAUAUUUGUGAGGGUUAUUUUAAUUCACUUUAAGUAGGUGAAGAUGAUGAUGAAAUACAUAGAGAUAAUGAAGGAUUUAUGGAUGAUGAUGAUGAAGUUUAAGAUGAAGAUGAAGAAUAAUUGGAGAGACAUAAAAAGAGAAAGAAAUAUAAAUAUGAUUUAAAAAAUAAGCGUAAUUUUUAUCUUUAAUUUGCUAUUUCAAUGGUAAUGUUAUUAGGAUAUUUUCUUACUCAUUUUUUAAUUGGAGAUUAUUUAUAAAAUGCAUUUAGAUCAUUAAUUGAUGAAAUAGAAGCAACAAGUUAAUUAGUUCCUAAUAUAACAUUUUCUAAUAAUGUAAUUAGGUAGAUGAUUAUAGAUCCAAAUUUUGAAGUUUAAGGCAAUUCAUCUUAUCUCAUUUCUUCCACUUUCGUAAAAGAAUUAUAUGAUCUAAAUACUAAAAUCUAAAAAGAACAUUCUUCAAAUAUAUAAUAUCAUAAUCCUUCAUAUAGUACUCAUUUUGAUUCUUUAAUGAAAUCUGGUGCAUGUUCAUACUUAUUUUAAAUAAUUGAUAUUGAUAUUAAUAUUUGUUAAUCAUUCAUAGAGGGAAUCAUUGAUUAAUCUUUAUCAUUAGCACUCUCAAGAUAUUUUGAAGAUAUCAGAUCACAAUUAUAAGAGUAUCAUAAUAUUAUGAAAGAUCCCUCUUAUAUUAUAUCAGAUAAUUUAUACAAUUUUACAUCCAAUUCAACUUAUAAUAAAGCAUUAUCUCUAUUAUAUACAAAUAGAUAAACACAUGAAAUUAGUAAAAAUAGAUUGGUAUAAUUUUAGAUACACUUUAAGAUCUUUAUCUUAGAUAAAUCUUUUCCUUUACUACUGAUUUAUUUUUGUAAUGUGUACAAAAAGAUGUUGAUACAAAUACAACAACCUCUGUAGCCAUUUUUAUUGUAUUUUUAGUUGUUUUAGUUUUAAUUUAUCUUUUCUUUUGGUGGCCUACUGCUACUAAAAUAAAUAAUGAAGUAAUUUUCAUUUUAUAUUUCAUUUAGAUUAAGAAAACAACUCUAUUAUUAGCCAAUAUUCCAUUAAGUUUAAUUAAGAGAAACAAAGUAAUCAGAGAAUAUUUAAAUAGAAUGCAUGAAAUAGAAUGA